GUCCCCCUGCAGAACCCGUUGCACAGCGCUUUCAUUCUCUCCAGUGCGAAAAGUUUUUGAAGUCUGUGAGACUUGGGAGAGAAGCAGUCGGUGAGUAAACAAACGGGAGUUUGGAACUAGUAAAUUAAAUUAAUAAACUGGACAAGUGGACAAAUAUUCAAGGUUUUAUUGUAUUUGCAAUUACCGGUAUUAUUGUUGCUGAAGCCUUUCUUCUGAAGGACCAUUGCAACUCACAUUAAACACAUGAAGAUUUUAAAAGCAGAAGGGAAAAUGUUUUGAUAUGGAAGGAUUUUUGUUUCUUCAGUUCUUUUAAAACAUUACAGAUGCUGAAGGGAGAAGUUUCAGAAGCUGGCAAGAAAAUGGCCUGCCAGUGGAUUCGUUCAAGCAGUGCAGAAAACAAGGUUCCACAUACUAGGAUGGAAGAUGAAGCAGCUAUCCAGCAAAUCUACAUAUUUGGAAAGAAAUUAGGUCAAGGCAGCUUUGGGGUAGUUUACGAGGCCACACAUAAAGAAACUGGAAAGAAAUGGGCAAUUAAAAAAGUGAACAGAGAAAAGGCAGGGAGCUCUGCUGUAAAGUUGCUGGAACGGGAAGUCAGCAUAUUAAAGCGUGUUAACCAAGAGCAUAUAAUACACUUAGAGGAAGUGUUUGAAACACCAAAGAGGAUGUAUCUGGUGACAGAACUAUGUGAGGGCGGAGAACUGAAAGAAAUUCUUCAGAGAAAUAAACGUUUCACAGAGAAUGAGACCAGGCACAUAAUUUGCAGUUUAGCAACAGCUAUUGCAUAUCUACACAAAAAAGACAUUGUACACCGGGACCUAAAACUAGAGAACAUCUUAGUUAAAAGUGAUCAUAGUAAUCAAGGAAACGAGAUGAUCCUUAAUAUCAAGGUGACAGAUUUUGGUUUAGCAGUGCAGAAAGGUGGCGUUGGCAGUGAAAAUAUGCUUCAGGCAACUUGUGGAACACCCAUUUACAUGGCUCCAGAAGUUAUCAAUGCUCAUGACUACAGUCAGCAGUGUGACAUUUGGAGUAUAGGGGUUAUCAUGUACAUGUUAUUAUGUGGCGAGCCCCCCUUUAUGGCAAAUUCUGAAGAAAGACUUUUUGAGCUGAUCAGAAAGGGAGAGCUGCACUUCACUGAUCCAGUCUGGCACACCAUUAGUAAUGCUGCAAAAAAUGUGUUAAAUUGUCUUUUGAAGGUGGAUCCAGCACACCGCAUUACAGCCAAUGAGUUACUUGAUAAUCCUUGGAUCACUGGUGACACAUCCACACCAGCAAGACCUUCAAAUGUGUUGGAGAUGAUGAAGCAGUUUAGAGAUGAUCCAAAUGACACAGAGUGUGGAGAGCUGGAAACUGAUCUGAAUGGCUUAUCACUGAAGUCGCCCGAGGACAAACCCGUUGGGUCUCUGGAGGUGGCAGAGGAGAGGGCAAGCUCAGCGAGCAGCAAUGGCACCUUAGAGCUUGGUCUCGAAGCAGAGACAGACAGCGGUAUCAGCAAACCUUCCACUCCAACUAAACAGAUAAACAAAAAGAAGACUCUUACAAGUUCCUUAUCAAAUGGUUCAGUAAAAAAGAAUGGCUCGACUCUAAAGCCCUGUUGCACUCCUCCUUUAUGUGGCAAAUCCUCCUCAAUAUCAAGCAUAAAGCGAACAGGACAGCAGGAUAAAUCUGAAUCCUGUUCCCAAAACCUUGGACCUUCAGUAAGGCAAUCUUCCUUUUCUGCAAAAGGAGAAGUCCGCAAGUCUCCUAUCCUUCCUAGUAUCAGCUCUGGACAGAAAAGCGUAAAGUCAGCGGCCAAUUCUAAGACCAAAAAAAGUACAUAGGGAAUACAGUGGAAAAACUACUGACAGACAAACUUAAGUGCCAAAGGAGAGGGCCGUACAAAACAAAGCAACAAUGGGGUUCAGGGGAACUACACGGUUUGUCAUUAUGCAGUUUACAGUUGAGAAUAGGAUUGCUUGGACUUCCUUUAUAAUUGAUUCUACAACGCUUAGAGAAAUGUAUAGGACAAUAUUAGAGAAACCCCUGCUGUAAAUAUAUAUAUAUAUAUAUAUAUUGUGUGCUUUUCACUGGAGGAUAUUUUUAAAUCUUUGUGUAAAAAAUGUGUUACAUAAUGUAUUUCUUUUACAGACUAGAGGCAUAUUGGCAGGUCUCUGCUUCAAGUUUUCUCAAAGGUAUUUGCUUAGUUUUCACAUGGGACACACUUGUACCAACUUUUGUGUAACAGGGUCGCUACCAGAAGACAGAGGAACUGCUAUUCUGUAUAGAAGUUCUGGAUACAAUCACAAAAUUAGAUCACAUUGCACUGAGAGACUAAUUUGAAAACAGUUAGGGUGGUUUGAGCACCCUUGCUGUGAUACAUGGGUUCACGUCCACUAUAUUUUGUGUUGUUUUUAAGUGUGCUUAACAUUUUAACAAUUUUACAAAUUGGUAUUUGUCUACAUCACUUUUUAAUUGGUUUUAAAUGUAGAGAUUGCCAAUUCCUGAAGAAUAAGGGAUCUUUAAAACAUAUCCUCAUUCAUUCCAAUGAAAAGUUCAUCUCAUUAAACUAUCCAUCUAUAAAUUAAAAAACACAUCAAAUUUAAAUCUUAGACAUUUCUUGUAAGUUUACAAUACAUAAACCUAUAAGCAGUAUUUAAUCCUUAUUAUUAAGGUAAACAUAACUGCAAAAAGACUAUAAGGGUGUUGUUGUAUUGUAAUGAAGAUAACCUCCUUUGUUUAAGUAUUUUGACAGUGUAUUUAGUAUAGAUACCGGAACAUAUGAGCACAGUUUAGAAAUUACUGCUGACACAAGUACUUUUUAAAAAUACAUAUUUACAAUUUCAUAUAUUGGCUGGAAUUCAAAAUGGCUUUACCUAGGGACAUUUCUGGUACAACUUUCAGAAUGCAGAAGUAUUAAAAAAUGGUAUUUUCUAAUCAAUUUGGUAUUGCUUUAUUAAAAACAAUACAAAAUAAAUAUGACAGCUAAGUUUCCAUGAUAACCCUAUUUGCAAGUGUUUUAUUUUCAAUAUAUCAGCCUGAAAAUGCUGAUCAGUAACAGAUCAUUUCUAAACAUCAUGAGAGAGAAUUUAGUAAUACAGGCAUUGGUGUGAUUUUCUUUAUCUUUUUUUUUUGGUCUUGUUUCUGAAAUAAUCAUUUAAAAAUUAAUGUUGCAUUAAUUUCAUACACAGUAUGCCAUCUUUCAAUGUAUUUUGGGGUGAAAAAACCUGGGAAUAGUGUUUGUAUCAUAAUUGUAUUCUGUUCUGUACCUUAACAUACCUUAAAAUUAAACU